GACUCCCAGCUAAACUUAAACAAGGAGGGGAGUAUCACACCUCCAAAUCCCGCUUUCUAGUUGCAAGUUUCUUUUACUUUCCACAUAGUGCCAUGCUUGAUUCCGAAGAAGACGACUAUGAAUGCCCCCUUUGUAUGGAGGAACUUGAUAUUGCUGAUCGCAAUUUCAAGCCUUGUACCUGUGGCUAUCAGAUCUGUCGGUUUUGUUGGCACCACAUCAAAGAGAAUUUGAAUGGGAGAUGCCCAGCUUGUCGACGAGAAUAUUCUGAUCAAAUGGCCGAGUUUGAGCCAAUCAGUUCCGACGAAAUCGCUCGUAUUAAACGUGAAAAGAAGGAAAAGGAACGACAACAAAAAGAUAUGGAAGCGGCAAAUCGACGUCAUCUUGCGAAUAUGCGUGUUGUACAAAAGAAUUUGGUUUACAUUAUUGGCUUACAUCCAAAACUUGCCACUGAAGACGUAAUACGGUCGAAUGAUUUCUUUGGUCAAUUUGGUAAAAUUGCAAAGGUGGUAAUCAACAAGCGACCGGUAGCGCCAACGGCAACUGCUACAGGUGCAACGACAAUGCAACCAAGCGCGGCAAUCUAUGUGACCUACCAGCGCAAGGAGGAUGCUGCCAAAGCAAUACACGGUGUUGAUGGAACGGUGAUGGCUGGGCGGAUAUUAAGAGCGUCGUAUGGUACAACCAAAUAUUGCACGUAUUACUUACGAAACAUGACAUGUCCAAAUCCCACGUGUUUGUAUCUGCAUGAACCUGGGGAAGAAGCGGAUACCAUCUCCAAGGAAGAAUUGGCGACUGGAAAACAUCGUAUGCGGGAUCAAAUGUCGUCAGAUGCCGAACACCGAACUCACAUCAGCAACACACAUUCAUCCAGCUCUAUAUCUAGCAGCGACAUGGGUGGUAGUGGUAGUGGUUCUUCGAGCACUGCACGAAAACCGGCAACGCUGGAGUCCGUGGCCACAAUAUCGUACAAAAGCAGUCGUCCAGAUCCAUCCCACCCCAAAGCAACAUCGGUGAGCGCGAGCGAUCAUGUUGUUGACGAUGACAGACCAGCGUUGCCGGCAACAGCAUCUUGGGCAAAGGCGGGAAGUGGCCCAUCCACGCCAAUCUUAAGGUCAGCAGGUGUCCUUCCAGAACGAUCCUUGACGCCUGAUAACUUUGGUCCACCAUUAGCUGUAGCUGUGGCCGCGGCUGCUGCUCAAAAGCAACAACAGCAGGCUGCUAAUGCAGCUAAGCGAAAACAGGAUAAGAAGAAGCGCAAGGAACAGCAGCAAUUGCAACAACAACAACAACAACAACAGCAGCAGCAGCAACAACAGUUACUCAAUCAAAAGAGCGAGAGCAGUAGCGGAUCUCGUCCUGCAACGCCAUCUACUGCCACAGAGCCUGAUCUGGUGACCGUUGCCGGCAACGGAGAGGAGUUUGGCGACUUGUUACGAACGGACAAUACUAGUAAUACUCCUACUACUGCCACCAAUAAGAUGGCAGCACGGUACGGCUAUGAUGGCCUGAUUGGAUUUGUUCUGGGUGAAGCGCUUGGCGAGGUACUGCCAACCCAUGACAAAGCAAAUGAGGAUGGCGAGGAUGCACCUGUUGGCGUGAGCGCAUUGCAUGAAGACGGUGAACAAGCACCCCCUCUCAGCAGAAAUGGUGAUUUCGACGAAGAGGAGGAUGACGAUAAGCUCACAAUGAGUCCAUUGGAAUUCCUCACCAACGCGACACCUACUCACACUUAUACCGGCACAUUCAAUCCUUUCACCCAUCAGAUAUUGCGUUCCUCGGGAAGCUUAUUUGAGACGCCUAUGCGGAAAUGCUCUCGCUUUGGAUUUGCUCAAAUAUAGAACUCCUUUUCCUCGUUCAAGGUCUCCCAUCCCUCCCAUCUGUCUUUUUAUAUACACACACACACACACACUCUCUCUCUAUCUUCCUUUUUCUUUUUGAUAUAGCAUUACAUAAAAAAGUAUAUCUUUCUCUCCAAAGAUAAUAUAGUGAAAAAUAUACACA